AUGAACAGCAACAACAACGAGAUUUCUUCCCUAUUAACUGAAGAACCCCUAAAUAAAAUCCAUCCCAAAUCAAACAAAUCAUCUACUCUAAGAUAUGUAACUUUUAAUAUCAACGGAGCAAAUACUUUAUUCAAUUACCAUCCCUGGAAUAAAUUCAAUCAAGAUUAUAACGCCCUAUUUCAACUGUUACAAGCAGAUAUAAUAACCUUACAAGAAUUAAAAUUAUCCAAUCAAACAUUACCAACUAUUAAAGAUAUUGGACAUCUUCGAAAUUAUAAAUCAUUUAUAAGUUUGCCUAUUUCCAAAAAAGGAUAUUCUGGUGUUGGAUUAUUUGUUCGAAUUCCUGAUUCUUCAGAAUCGAAAAAUGUUAAAAGAAAUUUAACAGUCAUACGAGCGGAAGAAGGUAUAACUGGUUGGCUAUCUAGUAAACUAACCAAUGGAGAUACAAUACCGCUGCGGCCAUCGCCAUAUCGAGAUCAAACUGAUAACAAUAUUGGAGGAUAUCCUGAUAUCGAUGAAUUAGAAGGAUUAGCAAUUGAUAGUGAAGGAAGAUGUGUCUGUAUUGAACUAGCUAACAGCCUAGUAGUAUUUGCAUUAUAUUGUCCUGCAAAUUCCCAAGGCACCGAAGAAGGUGAGAAAUUUAGAUUGAAAUUCUUACAAAUAUUAUUUGAACGGGCUUAUGAAUUAAAAUUCAAAUUAGGUAAAGAAGUUAUAAUAAUGGGUGAUAUAAAUGUUAGCCCGGACUUAAUUGAUAAUGCAGAAGGAAUGAAAGAUAGAAUAAAUGAAAAUCUAAUCCGACCUUCUUUGACUUCAGAUGGAUAUAAUUUUGAAAUCAUAAAUUAUGAAGAAUGUUGGAAAUUUAAAUCAUCAACCAAGGCACGGGAAUUAUUAAAUAAAUAUACCAUCCCUGGUCUAUGGCAUGAUCUAAUCCUUGACACAAAUACCCAGAAAGCUGUCGAUACGCAAUUCUUAUAUGAUUCAACUCGAUUCAUUCAAGGUCGAAAAAUGAAUAUCUAUACCGUUUGGAAUACUUUAACUGGUGCAAGACAAAUUAAUCAUGGAUCAAGAAUUGAUUUGAUCUUAUGUAGUUGUUAUAAUAUGGUAAAAAGAAUUUCAAAGGCUGAUAUAUGGCCAUUCAUACUUGGAUCGGAUCAUUGUCCUGUAUUUACUGAUUUUGAUGUUGAAUUGGAUGAAGAUCAGGAUAUAGAUGAAGAACAUCAAGAGCAUGCUGAAGUGGUACCAACAAAACUUAAUUUUGAAGCUAAAUAUCAUUACAAAUUAAGCAAAUCAAGAGAUAUCUCAACAUUAUUUGGAUCAAAAAAGACACCCUCAGAACUGACAUCGCGUGAAUCAACUCCAAAUUCAGCAUCGUCAUCUCAAAGGUCAAUUGAAAGUUCUCAACCACCAGCGAAGAAACCUAAAUUGCAAUAUACAAGUAGAAAGACGCAACAGAAACAAACAAAUCAAAAGCCUAUAAGCGGAUUCUUUAAAUAA